GGUUCCGUCCACUUCGACUCAACGCUUCCUGCUGGAAACACAUAUAAGCUCGGCAUCGUUUUACUGGGGUACUGGCACACUACACAUGCGGAACGCAGCUUUAAGCCACUGAAACGUUCACCCAGUCUGCAGCAGGCGGAAAGCCUGCCCCGUGUAAGGAAGUUCCAUGAGCCGAAAUUUCUAGUUAUGCAUGCCAUCUGUUAACGACUUACGGCGGGGCACCUGUGGAAACUGUUGCACUGACUCAUCGUUGGGACUAAGAGCGUUCUUCGGCAGAUCAUUCAUUCAUUCCGUGCUGGUGGCUUCCGCAAAGGACGUGACUGCAGGUGAACGGCACCAACUGCUGGAAAAGUUUCCUCAGGCGCAAUGAUACCGGGACGAACAACGCUUUUUCUUGCAAUACUUGGACUGACAUGUGCGCAGUAUGAAGAGUCAAUUGAGCAUCUCGUCUCUGGUCAGCCUGAGGUGGUUCAAGAACAAAAAGAGAAAUCUGAAAUGUUUGAACGAAUGUGGCAAGAUGUUCAGAAGAUGGAUGGCGGCAAGGCUAUGUUCCAGGGCGAUAUGAUGAUGACCAAGAGCGACCUGAUGGACAUGUAUGCCAUGAGCCCCACUAAGAACGAAACCUGGCCCGGAGGCAUGGUACCGUACAAGAUUCAUGAGAGCUUGUCCGACGAGGCGCACCUGAUUCGGCAGGGCAUUGCACAUUGGAUGAAAAAUACGUGUCUUGUGUUCCGCGAGCUCGAGAAGGAUGAUAUAACCACAGACUACAUCCUUUUCUUCAAGGGUGAAGGGUGCUGGUCCCGGUUCGGCUACAGAGGAUCUGUCCAGGAGAUAUCUAUUGGGGAGGGCUGUGAGAAGCUGGGGACAGUGGUGCACGAGAUCGGCCAUGCCAUCGGAUUCAUACACGAGCAGUCACGCGCAGACCGCGACCGCUACGUGGUGGUGAAAUACGCCAACAUCCUGAAAGGAGAGCACAGCCAGUUUGACCCGGAUCAGAGAGGGCGGGAGUACGGAGCGGUAUACGACUACACCUCAGUCAUGCACUACCCGUCAACGGCGUUCGCAGCAUCACCGGGGGUGAAAACACUGAGUCCAGUCAACCCGCUUCUUGCACCACUGAUCCGCAGACGGGAUGAACUGACGUUCCGCGACAGGCGCAAGGCAAACUUCCUCUACCGUUGCGAUGCCGCAUGCAAGAGCAGACCAGUGUGCGAAAACGAAGGUUUCGUCGAUCACACCUGCAAGUGUGUCUGUCCGCCGAACACGAAAGGAGAGCGUUGCCAGAAGUGGCGCCAUUCUUACUAUCCCCGAACCAAGUGUGGUCGCCGCGUGAUUCGCGAGGGAACCAUUUCUUCUCCUGGCUACCCAAAAAUACAGAUACCGGAGGUUGGAACUUGUGUCUGGUGGAUACAAGCUCCACGAAACAAGGCGAUUCAACUCACGUUCCGGGACUUUGACCUGUACGGCCGAGUUAGCGGGUUCUGCACUCGCGAUUGGUUCGAAAUCCGACUGAAGUCGCUCUACAUGGGACAAACGUUCUGCAGCGACGAAAUGAAGCCAGGAAAAGUGGUCACCUCGGUGGGUCGAAACGUGAUCAUCGAGUACAGGCCAUAUGCCUGGUUCAAGCGUGGUUUCUCACUCGAAGUCAAGUUUGUUCCUGUUGAGACAAGAAAACAGUGACAAAUACCUCGGCACGAUACGCCAAGUUCACGCUAUUCGCAUACCUCAGCCUUGAAAGCCCUAGAGAAGAUUGAUUUUAAUUAUACGUCACAUCAAUGAACAGUAUCAGAGCAGAAUGACCAGUUGUUUCAAAUAGCGAUUAUUGGUGUCUCCUGAACAUGAUAACAUGCGGAAUGUAGCUUUGGGUCUGUCGAUUUCACCUGGCUAAAUGCGUCCAUGUUCGCCAUGAAGGACCAACAGCAUGCCGAUCGGGUGUUCUCUCUAGCAUUAUGUGUGCUUGAAUGCCUUUGUUGCGUGCAACGUACGCCAGCUACUAUUACUGGAUUCAUGUGACUUGAACCUUAGUAUCAUAUUCACAUACUAUCAUACACGAUUCAUAUGCACGAUCAUGUAGCGCCUAAAUGGAUGUUCCUUAACUCACAUUUAUUGUUUACGCAGCUUUACAUAAGAAUAAAUACUAGAGCGUGGUGUACUUUGCA